UUGAUGCUGACUCGCAAGGUCUUUACAAUUUAUAUACUCAUUAUAAUGGUUUUCCUGUUUUCUAAUCUUCGCGAUAAUAAUGCUUCAAUGAGAAAUCUUACGUAAACAAUUAAUAGAUAAAAAAAAAACGGUCUAUUUAAAUGGACAAUAAAGGAGUAAAUUCUAACGCAACAACUAUCGAAAUGAUAGUAGUUGGAGUAAAAGGAGAUCAAAAACGGACAAACCGAUUCGUGUAUGAACUUGAUCUUGAAGCCAUUUGAUCGUACUUUUUUUCGCUGGGAAAGAAAAAAAAAACAUCGCAAACGGAACGUUCCGCCGGACCCGAUGCAGAUGUACAUCCCUCCCUGAUCUUCUCCGAUCAACUGAAGAAAUUAAUGAAUGAAUUGCAUCUGCUAGUAGAAUGGUAGAGGGAGUACCGACUUGGUCUUGCCAUUGGUCAAGACUGUUGCUCCUCCUCGUUGAUCCCUCCCCGAAACGCUGUCUUUAAUACGUUGGCCGUUUGGAAUUACGCUGUGAAGGAGUUGUCGACGAAAGUUCUGCUGGUGUUCAUCACAGCGCUAUUCGCCGCCCGGGGGCUGCAGAAGCUGAGGGAGGCCCUGAAAUUGCCACCAGGACCGUGGGGGCUGCCCAUACUGGGAUCGCUGCCCUUUCUCAAAGGCGAUCUGCACCUGCACUACAGGGACCUGACGCAGAAGUACGGCUCGUUGAUAUCCACCAGAUUGGGUUCGCAAUUGAUCGUUGUUUUAAGUGAUUACAAGAUGAUCAGGGAUACGUUUCGUAAGGAGGAUUUCACCGGUAGACCUUAUACAGAAUUUACCAAUAUUUUGGGUGGUUAUGGCGUAAUAAACAUAGCAGGAAAAUUAUGGAAGGACCAAAGGCGAUUCCUGCACGACGGGCUCCGCCACUUCGGCAUGUCCUAUCUAAGCUCGCGCAAAACCCAAAUGGAAAACCGCAUCAUGUCCGAGGUCGAGGACUUCCUCUACGUGCUCAAAGCCCGCCAGAACGAACCAGUAGACCUAAAUCCGGUGUUCGCGGUGUCCAUAUCGAACGUCAUCUGCGACGUGCUGAUGUCGGUGAGAUUCUCACACGACGACAGACGCUUCACCAGGUUCAUGAAUCUCAUCGACGAAGGUUUCCGGUUGUUCGGCUCCCUCGAAGCGGCCAUUUUCAUCCCGAUACUGCGCUACUUGCCCAGGUACACGUUCACCAGGCAGAAAAUCGCCAAGAAUCGCGAAGAGAUGGCCAGAUUUUUGCAGGAGACCAUCGACGAUCACAGGAAAACGUUCGAUCCCAGCCACAUGAGGGACCUCCUCGAUACAUAUCUCUACGAAAUUCAGAAAGCCGACGAGGAAGGUACCGGGCAUCAUUUGUUCGAAGGGAAAGAUCACGAUCGCCAGAUGCAGCAGAUAAUGGGCGAUUUGUUUUCCGCCGGUAUGGAAACCAUCAAAAGCUCAUUGCAAUGGGCGGUGCUCUUCAUGCUGCACCAUCCGGAUAAAAUGCUGGCAGUGCAGGAGGAACUCGACCAAGUGAUCGGGCGCCAGAGGUUACCGAAAUUAGAGGAUUUGACCUAUCUACCAGUUACCGAAUCUACCAUAUACGAAGUGCUCAGGAUAUCCAGCAUUGUGCCGAUGGGGACCACUCACGCACCUAUAAGGGACACCAAACUGAACGGUUUCCACCUUCCGCAACACGCCCAAAUCGUUCCGCUCCUUCACGCCGUCCACAUGGACCAAUCCCUCUGGGAGCAACCGGAGCAAUUCAACCCAUCGCGUUUCAUCAACGCCGAAGGAAAGGUCCACAAGCCGGAGUACUUCCUGCCGUUCGGCGUCGGCCGCAGGAUGUGCCUCGGCGAGAUCCUCGCCCGCAUGGAGCUCUUCCUCUUCUUCUCCUCGUUGUUGCACUCGUUCGACAUAUCGGUGCCCGAAGGUGAAACGUUGCCCAGCCUGAAGGGCAUCGCCGGCGUCACCAUCAGCCCCAAGGCGUUCAGGGUGAAGCUGACGGCGCGACCGAUGGCUUGGGAAGGCGAGGAAUCCAACAUCAGACAGGCUGGCAGCCAUUAG